AGCUAUUUGGCUCGUGGCUGUGAAGGCCAGUGAACCCAGCAUGGCUUUCUUGGCAAGCUUGCGCCCGGACGCGACGUCCAAGGCCGUGGUGAGCUUCGACCGAACCAAGGCCUUCUACAUCUUCAGCCUGGUUGCCUUCCACCAGGGUUUCCUGAAGGCCCCCAGGCAUUCCGUUCAGAUCUCGCAGCACCUAGCCUACGAGACGGUGGAUCAUGGCGUGGAGAUGAUGAUGGGCAUGUCCCUCAUCUCCGGGUGGCUAUCUUCCUCCACAUGGAAGAACAUCUCGUGGAAGGAGCACAUGACCAAGAAGGUGGCAAGGCUGAUCCCAGCCUACAUCGUUGCAGUUGCCAUCACCGGCAUAUCGCUUAUGAUGCGCGGCACUUGGGUUCGAGUAUUUCACUUUGCCCUGGACUGCGUCACCUUGGGAGGCUGGAAUCCCUAUUUGAUUUGGUGGUCCUGCAACCGGCCUUUGUGGUUCAUCUCCACCUUGCUUACCUACCACUACCUCUCGCCCCCAUUCCUUCGCUGGACGCGGCGCAGAAGUGUUGUGGAGCUGGCUGCUUCCCUCCUCCUCCUGUACUUGACGCGUUUGGCCCUUGCGUGCAGUGUGUUGGUUUUCCUGGCAGGCAUGCCUGGGGGACUGCAGGAGAACGCCCGGGUCAUUCAUGUGUGGAGCCCCACGCAGAUCUGGAUCCCAUUCAUGGGGGCAAUCUUGGAGCAGCUGGUGGCGAACCUCCAGGUCCCUUCCUCGACCAAGCGCUGGCAUGUGUGGCUGGCGUCGGACUUGCUGCUUUUGAUCCUGAUUGCAUUCACGCUCUUUGUGCCGCAGACCGGCACUCCAUUGGCUGAUGCCCUCAUUGCCUACGCCAAUCUGAUAACAGGACCGCUGCUGCUGGCCUUGGUCGCCCUGAUGAGCUGCGACAGCAACUCGUUCCGAAAGCUGACCAGCAUCACCGAGGGCUCUUGCCGGCUCUUCAGCAACAUGCUCAAGCUAUCCUACACGCUGUACUUGACACACUGGCCAAUUGCAGAGAUCUUGCAUGAUGCGGGCUUCUUUGAUGAGGACUCGUGGGACUGCAUGCUUGGAACCACGCUUGUUUCCAUUCUACUUGCUCUCUGCUGCGACACCAUCGUGGUGGAGCCUUUCACCAAAUUCUUCUGCUCCCUCGUCUCUCCGAAGCGUCCGCCAGCGGAUCCAGAGAAGGGAACGAUUGCGAAGAUUGGCAAGGCCGAUGGAGGUGCUCCUAGUGACACGGCCGGAGUUGUCCUUGAGGUGGAGUGUGUCUCUCCCAAAAGCACCGAUGCUCUGCAGGGCGGGGCAUCCUUUUGCUCCACUCCGACGAGCAGCAGUCUACAGAGCCUACCGUUUUCCUUUAUGACAUGUUUUUCGGCCAGGAAUCCGUGAGCAGCGACCGAAGAACUUCAUAUUUCUUUUUUUGACAGCUGAGCUGACAUGAGACCAGCCAGCGCGGGCUGGUGAUGUCUUGGUUUUGAGCCGGGUGCUUGUGCAGACUGCUGUGACGGCGAGCCACGUUCUGUUUGCUUGUUGGGCGCAUUUCUCAGCUUACGCGUUUGGCUUUUUCCGCGCUGUCCAAGCAGCAGUUUGGACACACCGCCAAGCGAGUUUCAGGAAAUGGGGUGGCGCUCCAACGCGUCCAAAGUUGAAGAACUUUGGGUGGUCGUCGCCGGUUCGGUGCAUGCCAAAUAGCGUUGCGAACUAGGUACACGUAGACGGCCACAUUGCGAACUC